AUGAAGUUGAGGAGGAAGACUAACUUGUGUGAGCAGUUGGAGGAGGAAGUAGGAGGGGCGAUAGUGGAGGCCGAAGUAGAGGAUGAGCAAGGGGAGGAGGGGGAACGAGUACAGAAUGGGCUGUCCUUCGUCACCCCUCCGCGCGCAAACCGAUCGAAAUGCGGAGUGCUCGGCGCGGCAGAGGCGCGCCAAGUUCUCGACAGCAAGCCCGUGGCGGAGUUUCGAUACGCGGACCUGAACGCCGUACCCGCGGACGUGUGGGUGCGCAUCGCAAAUAUGGUGGUGAAGAGAGGAGAGUGCUGCUGCUCGUGGCCUCUUGUGGCGUGCGCCAUCGCCAUGUCGUGCGUGCGACGUGCUCUAUUAGGCUACGACACGUCUCUCGUGUUCUAUGAAGAAUGCCAGUGCCCGCCCUCCGCCGUCUCCUUACCUCAACAAAUCCGCAGCUUCGCAUGGCUGUGCAACCAGCACCCAAGCCCCUCCCAAUUUAUUUACUCUCUCACUGAAGCGCCUCCCCGCCUUUUUUCCUCCCUCCUGCGCUCCUGCCUGUUCCCUUCCAUCUCCUCCAUCACCUCCCUCGAUCUCUACCUCUCCCGAAGCCUCCACUCCAAUCCACGCCUUCUCUUAUCCCUCUCGCAAGCUCCGCGUCUCGAGUCACUUCUCAUUACGCAUGGCGUUGCUUCGGACAGCGACCACGGCAUUCCACGGCUCCAUUGCAACGACGCAGUGCUGGUGGCCGAAAUGUGGGAGAUGAUUUCAGUCAUAGAGGAGAAGAAGCCGGGUGACACGGACAUACCAUUUCCCGUGCUGUCCCACCUCAGUCUCUCCCUCCCCGCCUGCUCGCCUCUCAUCCUCCGCUUUGUCUCGUGCCUCUCUGCCCAGCUUCAAUAUCUCUCACUCGGCGCUGCAGAUCAGUUCGCGGCUCAGGAGGGCAAGGAGGGUGCUGAAAGCGGUGACAACGCGGAAGGGCGGAGGGGGGGUGAAGGGGACAUGGACGAACGAAAUUUGUACUCGCUUCACCUCCCGCUAGCCACCAAUUCUCGCCACUCCCGCCUGCUCCUGCUCCCCACAUGCCCCGCGCACCUGACAUCCCUCUUCCUUCGCAGCGACCGACCCUCCCAUUGGCCGCUGCACGCGCCUCACCUCACCUCGCUUGAAUCCCUCUGCACCAACAUGCAGCCAGAGGAGGCUGCUUAUUUCCCUCCCGGUGUUAUAGCAACAGUGUAG